AUCCUUUUACUGAUUGCGUCCAUCUUGACACCGAGACUGAGCUCAAGCUCAAACAGAGCAUAGGAGCGCCAGGAACGGUAGACAGGCGCAGUAUCAUUCAGACUCGCAUAUUUUAUCUUUUUCUGGAUUUAAAUAUCACGUAUACAUUUUGGGAUGCCUUCAAGUCACAAUAUCCAAGGAGGGAAAGCCUUUGGACUAUUAAAGGAGCAGCAAAGGCAAAAACUGGAAGAAAUAAACAAGGAAUACCUGGAAGACCAGAAAUACAGGGAUGAAGAUGACCUGGCUGAAAAAUUGGAAGGCUUCAAAAAUAAAUAUGCUGAGUUUGACCUGAAUGACCAAGGAGAGAUUGAUCUGAUGGGUCUCAAGCGGAUGAUGGAGAAGCUGGGUGUGCCCAAAACCCACUUGGAGCUGAAAAAAAUGAUCAUCGAGGUGACGGGCGGCGACAGCAGCAACACUAUCAACUACAGGGACUUUGUCAAGAUGAUGCUGGGCAAGCGUUCAGCUGUGCUCAAACUAGUUUUGAUCUUUGAAGACAAAGCCAGUGGCUCUCCCUGCAAGAAGCCAGAAGGACCCCCUCCAAAGAGGGACAUUACCAGCCUGCCCUAAGUGUAGUUGUGAGCCUCCAGACUGCUGGUGGAGCAGAGGGAGCUUUAGCGGUUGUGUGGAAUUGAAUCAUAUUCAUAACAUGGAGUGGCAUGUUGGAAUGGGACCAGCAAUUGAGACUGUUUUUGUGAAUAUACGGUCUGUGUGUAAAGUGUCUGUUAUUUGGAAGACUGAGCCCACAUCUCACUAAAUGACGUUUGACUGUGAAUAUUAUUAUUCAUCUUUUUUUCCCUCAAUUAAAAUGUAGCUUUGACAGUUGUACAUGUAAUCUCCUUGAUAAAUACAAUUUUGUACUAAAUGUUUUAUGGUUAUAUUUUAAGGGAAGAGUCCUUUUUUCCUUUUUAUUGAUCCUACAGUAGUUCCAUUUUUAGGGCCCAUUCAUUUUAUAAGAGUAGGGUGCUUUUGGAAAAGGAUGAGGCAAAGCGGAAGCAUUUCCGGCACAUCUUGUACUGUCCUCAGUGGUCUUGUGUGGAUUCCUGCCAGGCUAAUCUUGAUCAGGUGCCAGAGUUUACAGGGCUGGCCCUUCUCUGGGUCAAAGCCCUUAAAGCUGAAAUACUGAUCUA